UAUGUAUGAGGUAAUUUCUGGACUACCUCCAUACCAUGAUGUAAGCCAUGACAAAAAUUUAGCAAUAAAAAUUUGUCAAGGACUUAGACCAAGAUUUAGUAAUAUUAAAGUGCCCCAAUUGAUUGUGAAUUUAGUCAAAAGAUGCUUGGAUGCAAAUCCAAUAAAUCGACCGGAAGCAGUAGAAAUUGAAAAUAUUUUAUAUAAAUGGUGUUAUGGAGAUAAAGAAGAAUUACAAAAACAAAUUAUAGAAGCAGAAAAAAUCAAUAAUAGUCUACCAACUAGUAGCAUGCCUUUGACAAGUUCAUCAUACGAAACACAUUCCGAAGCUAUUUAUACAAGUAGAUUACUUAGUUUUAAUAAUCUUCCGGAACCAAAAAAUUCUGAUGAUUAUUACAAUGAACAAAAUGAUAACAUAAUUAGUGAAAAAUUUUCAGAAUCUUUACAAAUUGAUAUUUCUCGAUUGAAAAUUAAUGAAAUUUAAUAAAGAUGGUUAAAAUAGUAAAUCUAA